AUGGCGGACCCAUACGACGCCGACGUCCCAGAAGAGGAGAGCCCAAUAUUCCGCCACCUCCUCGCCUCGCUUCACUACGGAUACCCAGCCGCUGUCUUCAUCUACUACACCAUCUCGUCCACCAUUGCGGUUUGCACUCUCCAGACCCGGUCCACCGCCGAGUCCAAGGACCAUCCCCGUCGCAGGUUCAUCUCUUGGCUGUUGAUGCUGGGCAUUCUGAGUUGGUUUGCUCAGCUGGGAUAUCUACUAUUUGUGGCGGUUGCCGAAGAGAAGUUCCCCCCGGCGGAGCAGGAUGUCAUCAUCGGCUUGCUGAGCUGCGCGCUGGUGUUUGGGGUGCAGUUUGCGGGGCUUUGGGAGGCGGAAAAGGCGGUGGUGCUGUGGCCGUAUAUGGGGAGUGUGGGCAUGGGGAUGGUUUUUGAACCUGUUUUGGUUUGGUUGACUUGGAAGACUAGGGUGGAAACUGGGGGGUUGGGAUUCAGGGAGAUUUUUGAUUUCUCGGCGGCUGGGGCGAGAUGGGCUGCGUUUGGGUUGGUAUUGAUGUUUUAUUUUGAGGGGGUUUGGAAUGUGAAGAGGGAAAAGGCUACUGAUAUGGAAAGGCAGGGCUUGCUCAACAAGACGAAUGGACAUGUGAACGGGGUUGAGUCGGAUGGGGAGGAGAGGAGCCAGAAUGGGUAUGGGGCUACGUCGGAUAGUUCUACGGAUGCUAGUCAGAGCCCGACUACUGAUGCGGUUGAGUCUCCGUGGGAGAGGAGGGAGAGGCAGGCAAAUGAGGCGAUGGAGAAGAGGUUGAAGGAGAAGGGUAACUGGGUUACAUACGCGAAGAGUUUCUUGGUUUUCUUCCCUUACGUUUGGCCUGUCAAUCAUCGGUCGCUUCAGGUUCGCGUUGUUCUUGUUGGUGUUUGCUUGCUCGCCAUGAACGCCAUCAAUGUUUUGAUCCCGCGGCAGAUGGGCAUCAUUAUGGACAGUUUGGCUGGUGAUGUGGACAGAAACCCCUGGACCGAGGUCAUGAUAUUUGCUGGUCUGAAGCUGGUAGCUUCCGAAGCAGGUCUUUCCCUCUUGCGACAGUGGCUUUGGAUUCCGGUUGAGUAUUACUCCUUCGAUGCUAUGAGCACGGCGGCAUACUCCCACGUCCUUAACCUCUCGUCCGAUUUCCACGAUUCGAAGAGUUCUUCCGACAUCAUGAUGGCCAUUCAGUCUGGUCAAAGCAUCUCCAACAUGCUCGAAUCGAUUUGUUUCCAGGCCGUUCCCAUGCUGAUCGACAUGACAGUCGCCUUCAUCUACCUGUCGUAUACCUUUGGACCGUACGAGGGCUUCAUCACCAUUGCUACCGCGGCCGUGUUUCUGUAUAUUGCCACUCGGAUGAUUUCGAAGCUCAAGUCUGCGAGGAGGGGUGAGGUCAGCGCCUGGUUCAAGGAACACUAUGUCAGACAGGCUGGUAUUCAGGGAUGGUCAACGGUCACCUGCUUCAACCAAGUUGGACAUGAGGAGGCAAGAUACUCGGAGGCUGUCAAGGAUCGGGUGGCAAAGUCGCAGAAGGUGUACUUUGGCUACGUGGUUGCUUAUGCUUUCCAGUUCUUGGUGUUACUGUCGGGUUUGCUUGCUGGUGCUUUUCUGGCGGUUUACCAGAUUACACAUGGCCAAGUCACACCCGGAAAGUUCAUCAUGUUGCUGACGUAUUGGGCUCAGCUGGUGGCGCCGCUGACCUUCUUUGCUGGGCUGGGCAAGACGAUAAGCAAGGAUCUUAUUCACGCCGAGCAGCUGUUGGAGAUCAUGCAGACGAAACCGACCAUCAAGAACAAGGAGGGGGCACCGCCACUGCAUUUCACCGGCGGGAGGGUCAAGUUUGAUAAUGUGUGCUUCUCGUACGACAAGAAGAAGGAGAUCUUGAGGAAUAUCGACUUUGAGGCCACGCCCGGGAUGACGGUUGCUUUUGUUGGGGCAACGGGGGCGGGAAAGUCGACGAUUCUGAAGCUGCUGGAUCGGUUCUAUGAUGUGACGAAGGGAAGCAUCACGAUUGAUGGGCAGGAUAUCAGGGAUGUGGAUUUGUUCAGGUAUGGUACCAACGAGCUGAUUAGAUACGAGGGUAAUGCUAACGACGUGAACAGCUUGAGAGGACAAAUCGGCAUUGUUCCGCAAAGCCCGAUCCUGUUUGAUGACACCAUCAUGAACAAUGUCCGGUAUGCGAAGCUCACGGCGACAGAUGAGGAGGUCCAUGAGGCGUGCAAGGCUGCUAGUAUCCAUGAACAAAUCAUGGGAUUCUCGGACGGUUACAACACUCGGGUUGGGGAGCGUGGUGUCAAGCUUUCUGGGGGUGAGCUUCAAAGAGUGGCGAUUGCAAGGGCCAUCUUGAAGAGGCCGGCAAUUGUGCUCCUCGAUGAGGCUACCAGUGCGGUCGAUACCGAGACUGAGCAGAAAAUUCAGGAGGCAUUGAGAACCCUUUGCAAGGGGAGGACCACUUUUAUUGUUGCGCAUCGACUUUCCACUAUCAUGAAUGCUGACCGCAUUAUUGUUGUUGGCGGAGGAGAGAUUGUCGAACAGGGGAGCCACGAGGAGCUGAUCCUGCAAGAGGACGGCAAAUAUGCCGAGCUCUGGUCGAAGCAAAUUUUUGUCAAGCCCAAGGACAGCAAGGAUUCGACUCCGGACGGCACCAAGUCCCCGGUCAAGGGACGUAAAGCACCGAAUAUCGUCAAUGACCUGAGCGCUGAAGCUACCAACUCGGUGCUCGCGAAAGUGACAAACAAGCCAAGUGUGCAGACGAAUGGAGACGCCACGAAAGAUCCGAACAGCGCUGUAAACGGCUCCGUCGGCUCGGAGAACACCAAACCAGCGAGUGGUGCGGUGAACGGGCACAAAAAAGAGGUAUGA